AUGGGUUCUACUAACGGCGCCAAGAUUGCUGUUUCGCACCAAGAAGUCAUUCUCAUGAGCGAUGAAGCAGUUGAGGCUCUUAUCGACAAGGUCCGUAGUCAUAUGUCCAUCAUGUUCAAGAUCUGCGAAGCAGUAGCGAUGCUAGAUAUGGUAUAUAUGAUUGAGCAAUCUAUGGUGUCGACAAAGCUCAUGGGUACUCAGCCACGACUUACUGAUACGCUAGCUAUCGAAGCGGGACGACACCCGAUCAAGGAGAAGAUCAUGCAGAGUAAAUUCGUCCCAAACGAUGUUUACGCGACGCAACAGACAAGGUUUCAGAUAGUCACUGGUUGCAAUAUGAGUGGAAAAAGCACCUACAUAAGAUCGGUCGCUCUAAUGACUAUCAUGGCUCAAAUCGGCUCUUACGUCCCUGCCAAUUACGGCUCGUUUCCCAUUCUACACCAGUUGUUUGCUAGAUUGGGCAUGGAUGAUAACAUCGAAACCAAUGUAUCUACAUUUGCCGCAGAGAUGAAAGAGAUCGCUUUCAUCCUACGUAACGUUGACCGGCAUAGCUUGGUCUUGAUUGAUGAAUUGGGUCGUGGUACCAGCACUAGAGAUGGCUUAGCUAUCGCCUUAGCCAUCGCGGAAGCCCUUGUUUCGAGCCGAGCUCUAGUAUGGUUUGCGACUCACUUCAAGGACCUUGCAAUAAUCAUGGGUGAUCGUGUCGGAGUCCAGAACCUGCAUUUGGCGAUGGAAGAUCCACACAGCAUGACAAUGCUUUACAAAACGACUCAAGGGAUUGUGCAGGAGGUACAUUAUGGUCUAACGCUUGCGCGCGUCGUCCCACUUCCACCUGGGAUUGUGGAGCAUGCCACCUUAGUUGCGCAGAAGGUCGAGCGACAUAUGCUGCAAAGGAAGAAAGCAUCCGGGACUGUGCUCAGAGAAAAGCGGCGUAAACUCGUCCUAAACCUCAAAGAACAUCUCAUCCAAGCCCACACAGGGGUGUUAGAAGGUGAGGUUCUUACUGCUUGGCUCAAGGAACUGCAAAAUGAGUUUGUCAGUCGUAUGACUGCCCUCGAAGCCGAAGCUGCAAGCACAGAUCAGAAAAUCCAGGAUGAAGAUGAAGAGAUGAUGAACAGGAACGACGAGGACGAAGACGAACGACCUGACACGUACGCCAGCCCGUCUGUCAUUUCGGUCGACUCGCGUGUGAGCUCAACACAAUCCAAUUCUACCACUCGAGCCAUGUCAGAAGCCUCUACCUUGAGAGCGGUCUCUAGCAAUGAGCGUUAG